AUGCAGGUGUCGACUCUGUGGUGGAUGUUCGAUCUCGGCCAAUAUUCCAACACCAACAAUCCAGCAAAACACUUGCAGGCAUUGUUGAAGGUUCUCCAACAGGCGGAGGCGCUCUUCGCCGAGCUCCUGAUUAACCUACCAGAAGUGCUGCCGCGUUCGGAUCACUUCUGGGGACACCAGGAGCAUGGGAUGUUCAUGAACAGCACGGUGAUCUAUCGCACGCUGUUCCCAGAGUCUGCCAUCUUGGACAAGGGACUUCUCCGGAGACUGCUCCGCUUGCUACCGGAAGGUUCGAGCUUGGCAGACUUCGGAGCGCUCGACGGUCAGUAUUCCAGUUGGCUGAACGACACGGGGUGGGUCACCGCCUUCGCCUUUGACGGCGUCCCCGGGGUCACAGACAUCACCGACGGCCGCGUCACCGAGGUGGGGCCGUGGGCGCCAGAGCCAAAGACUUCUACAAGAAACCAAAAUGUUUAG